CAUUCUACAUGCCCCGCAUGCCUCGCACUUGAGUCGGUCGCGCUCUGCAAAGGGAUUUUGCCAAAAUUGUUGUUGUGGACCUGCUGCAGAACAAUUCCCCUAAACGACAUCGUGCCGUCAAACUGUUACAAACUCAACCCCAUCGAAUCAAAGCCGACUUGGAGCUGAAGGAACCAAAAACAGAAGCACAAGUGGAAUUCAAAAUGGAAAUAUAAAAGCAAACAUAAAUAAAUUUCCCAAUUUUUUUUUUUUAAAAAGAGCCUAUUUUUUCUACAGACCAGAAAGUUGGAAAAUGAAGACGGUGAUGACGCUUAGAAGUGGUUUAGGAGCAUUAAGAGCAGUUCGGGGAAACUUUGCCAGCUUGCAUUUCUCAACAAAAACGUCGCCCCCGCCGCCGUUAGCUUUUGGUGCAGCUGCUGACGUGGCGGCUGAUGAUUUACUCCUCCACAAUCCUCCGGCUUCCGCUGCUACGGUCGAGACGGAGCCCACUCUUCUUCAGCCUGGCGUCGUCGUGUACGACGGCGUUUGCCACCUCUGCCACAGAGGGGUGAAGUGGGUGAUUGAAGCUGACAAGGACAAAAAGAUCAAAUUCUGUUGUCUUCAAUCUAAAGCUGCAGAACCAUACAUGAGAGGAUGUGGGGUUGAUAGAGAUGAUGUUCUGCGCCGUUUUCUGUUCAUUGAAGGUCCAGGUCUUUACCACCAAGGCUCCACUGCUGCACUGAGGGUUGUGUCUUACUUGCCAUUACCUUAUUCUGCAUUAAGCUCUCUGACAAUUGUCCCAACCCCGUUAAGGGAUGUUGUCUAUGAUUAUGUUGCCAAGCGGCGGUAUGACUGGUUUGGGAAGAGUCCUGAUUGCUUAGUUAUCAAAGAAAAAGAGUUGCUGGAGCGUUUUAUAGAUUGGGAAGAAAUACUAGAUAAGAGCCGACCAGGGUUGUGAUUGUCUUCAAAUUAUCAGAGAUUUGCCAGUUAAUUGGGCGAUCGAUGUGGUUAAGAACUGAAGUAUUUGGAUUUCUCUGUAGGAUUUUUUUGGAUGUAAUGUUGAUAUUUGGAAGUUGAUGAGGGAGGCUACAAAUCAAAUUAGAGCAUCCUAACUGACAGUUUUAAUCAUCACUUAAAAGCUAGAAUGAGUGAACGAUCCGUGAAAGGGGAAUUUGUUUUUUGAUUUUUUCCUUCUCAGCACCCGGACUCUGUCCUGUUAUUUGGCGCUCUACAUGUUGGAUCUGAUACAAACUGGUCAACUGAAAGCAGCUUCGCUUCAUUGUAGAUGCAAUUUCUGUAUUCUCACAACUAAAGAAGGAUGACACAGACAUGAUAUGAUGGCCACUGGUUUACCACUUUUUGUUUCCUCGUUCUGUUAUCUUUCUUGGGAUACAUGCUUUCUUGUUCAUUAUCAUGGAUUACAUUCUUGUUGCUGGCUUUGUAGCUUGCUGUUUGAGUUAUUGGUCUGAUAGCUUUCAUUAUCUCUUUAA